AUGCGCCGGCACAAGACCUGGGCAGCCUCGUUGGCCAGCUUCAUCCUACUUACGAGACCGGUCAGAUGCGCCCCGCAAGUCGCCUUUCCGAUCAAUUCGCAGCUACCACCUGUCGCAUAUGCUUCUAAGCUGUACAGCUUCACAUUUGCAGACACUACCUUCAGUUCCGAAGUCCAACCAAUUGAGUAUGCCAUCAGCAACGGUCCUCAAUGGCUAUCGAUAGUGUCGGACUCGCGCACAUUGCGUGGUAUGCCAGAUGAGGGGGAUGUCGGGGCGCUCACAUUCGAUCUCAGUGCUACCGACACGACCGGCACCACUACAGUCACUGUAACACUUGUGGUAGCUCGCUCGCAAAGCAUUGGGGCUGGCGAGCCAGUGCUUCCUUCCUUAAGCAAAGUCGGCUCGGUCCAGGGCCCAUCCACACUCUUUCUGAGGCCGCUUACACCAUUCUCAAUACCUCUUUCUCCGCAGAUCUUUUCAGGCACCAGUCUGUCCUCGACAUAUUAUGCAGUGUCCGCAAAUAAUUCGCCUCUGCCACCAUGGAUCCAGUUCGAUCCACAACAAUUACGCGUUGCGGGCUCGACGCCGCCGACCCUCUCGUCCAUCGAACAGCAACAGACAUACGGCGUAAAAAUUGUUGCCACGGACAUCGUCGGUUUCUCAGAAAGUGCUGCCGCUUUCACGAUCGCGGUGGCUAAUAGACUGUUCUAUUUUCAGUCUGCGACAACGACGUUGAAUGUCACCAAAGACGAGCAAUUUGUGUCACCAUCAUAUCGAGACGCACUAUACUUAGAUGGCUCGCCGAUCAGUGCAGGUGAUCUGGGCACAGUUCAAGCAGUUCUUCCUGAAUGGCUCAGUCUCGACGCUACAACAAUAAGUCUGAGUGGAACGCCACCGGCAGACUUCACCGCUCAGAUGGUUACCAUCACAGCUCACGAUGAAUCAGGCGAUGUAGCGAAUCUGACUGUAAUGCUCCAAUCGGGGUCCACGGCUGCGUCUGCAAAUGCGACGACCGGUGACACUUUGAAUCUAAAGGCGCAGGCCGGAAAGUAUCUGAAUUUCAAGUUCGACCCUUCAAUCAUUGGAGUCGGCGAUGCCGUCUCAAUAGACCUAGGCAGUACAGCUAGCUGGCUUUCAUUCUCCGAGACCAACAUGUCACUUUACGGCCAGGUGCCAGACGAUAUCGGAGCUUCGAGUGAGAACCUGGCACUCAGCGUGACUAGAGAUGGGGAGAACACAACCUACCCAAUCAAGCUGUCAAUCGCUGCAGCGGAUUCAAUCGCAUCAAGCAGCAGCAGCUCAACUGUGUCGGCGGCAACUUCUGCGAGUAGUGGCAUCGCUACAGCUACAAAGGCCGCAGACCAGAAUGCAGAGGGCAAGCCAACUCAUGUCUUGGCUAUCAUAUUGACGGUUAUCCUGGUGAGUCUUGCAGUCCUCGCUAUAAUCCUAUUCUGUUUGUGGUAUCGCAGAAGGAAGCAAAGAAAACAGAGAGACAAGGAGGUCCCGGGCGACGAUCAAGUUGAUGCUGACCUUGACGGGGCGUCCGGCAUAUCCGAGGUCUCCAUCGGCGAGGCCUUGGUCAAUGUACCAGCAAUGACGGGCUCGUCGCGCCGGACGAGUAGACAGGAAAUGGUGCAGACGCCCAGCAAGGUGCCCCAAGUCGAGUUGCCAUGGGCGCCAGAUUCACUCAAGAAGACGAGAUCGCGUCUGCAGAAGAAGCGUCCUGCAAAAGGUCAUGAAUCUUUUGAUUCGAAUUGGGGAGGACUGGUGUCAACUCGCUCAACGCGAAGCGAAUCACCGAGUCCGAAUGACCAGAACGAGCCAAUGGCCGUGCCAUUCCCUCCGGCGCCGCCACCUAUUCCGGCAUACUCUCCAAAGCGUAAGCAGUCUCUUGCGAGCUCGAAGAUAACGAAAAGGUCGAACAGUCGGCGAAGUGUUGAUCAGAGAGCUUCUGGCGUGCUAUCAAACGUCACCAACAGGCGGUCUGGUCUUCCCAACCGCUACUCGAACGCAGGCCUGGGUCACGGCUCGGGUAUUCUUACACCUUCCCUUAACUCAGGCAAUCCAUAUCGCAAUUCCAAGCCGCCGCCUACGCGAUCGUCCUGGGCGACAACAUUCGCCUCGACAGCCGCUGGCAAGGAGAACAAGCAUGCAAGUGCUGGCCCGUCAGACCUGGAGAACUUCCCGUUCCCUGCCCCUGCCUCGAACCGCCGCUCUUCUGGUUCCUUAGCAGGCCUAAGCGAUACGAAACCGUCGCUGGCCGGGCUCGCAACGGCACCGACCAAGCCCUCUUUGAGACUUGUGACUGCUUCACCCUCGAAUUCGACCAGCCAGAUCGACGCUGAGGAUUUCUCGUCGCGCCGAGAAGAGUACUAUCGAACUCGGGCUAAGCACAGGCUUGAAGGAAACUCUAUGCUGUUCUCAAAUCCCAGCUCACGAUCUCGAACGCCGUCCCUCUCCCGCAUGUUGUCACCAAACCAAACAGUGCGGACACCCAGCAGCACGUUUCCCAUCGUUGAAGAAGAAUCAUCGUCCCCAGAACUAGUCAGCACCUAUCCGACCGGAACGGUAACAAACUGGCGCAAACUUGAUCCCUUGGGCAAGAGUCCUGCAGUUCCACUCACCCAUCAGACGAAUUCGCAUAUUUUGGCGCCGGUAGCUCAGCGCCCACCAACGCGCCGAAACAACGGAACUCCAGUUCCGUUCGGCGGCUUCGGGUAUGGUCAAUCUGCAGCUCGGCCAAUAUCAAUCUCCUCUGGGCAGUUCUCCAGCGCCUUGUCCUCUGAUGGUUCACAGUGGGAAGACGAGAUACCAGACGCUCACUCCCCAUACCGAGGUGGCAUGAGCCCCGAUGUCCUUGGCGGACGUAUCCGAUCCGUUAGCAACGCCGAAUCAGCAACAAACGACAUGCUGAAUGAGCUUACAGUGGCGCGCGCCCGCAAGGGUGGGACUACGCCAAGCAGUAGAACAAAAGAAUGGAAAUCAACAGCCAGCUCAUCGGUCUCGUCGCCGUCUAGAGCAGGACCCGCAAAUCAGUCCCCACGCUUGCCCUUCGAUAAUGGGCGACCCAGCGGUGAGACAGAAGACAGAGAGAUUGGUAUGGCCAUUCAGAAGGCGCUGAGGAGGGCAAGUCAGCUCGGCAGCGGAAGAUCGAGGGGCCUUAGACUGGUGGAUAAGCGCAAAAGAAUAAUCAGCGUUGAUGGAAAAGAUCAAGAUGUGGAUGAGAGUGAAAGAGGACGGAGAAACAUUUCUGGAAACACGGGUGAUGGUUCAAGUCCAGCUGGUGGGAGUUCUGGCCCAGGCAGAUUCGCUUGGGGAGGGCGGGAAAAGAGCCAGAAGGGCAGCUUGAUGUUCAUCUAG